CCGGCCAUACAGUUGGCCCACGCGGGCCGUAAGGCUAGCACUCCAGUCAUAUGGAAAGGUGUUAGGGGGGAGACGUUAACGGCUGAGAAUGGGGGCUGGGAUAUCGUGGCUCCCAGUGCCGUAGCCUAUGACGACAAGUCUCAAGUGCCCAAAGAGGCCACUCUGGAGGACAUCGAAGUACUGCAGAAGGCCUUUGAAACGGCGGCCAUACGUGCGGUUAAGGCUGGCUUUGAGGCAAUUGAGUUGCACUACGCCCACGGCUACCUUAUCAGCACAUAUCUGUCCCCACUCUCAAACACGCGGACCGACAGAUACGGCGGUUCACUGGAAAACCGGAUGCGCUUUGGGUUAGAGACGGCACACAGAGUGCGGAAAGUCAUCCCUAAAGAGACUCCACUUUUAGUACGUAUUUCGGUCACCGAUUACGCGGACGGGGGAUGGGAUGUGACACAGAGUGUGGAGUUCGCCAAACGGCUGAAGGCUAUCGGCGUCGAUGUCGUGGACUGUAGUUCCGGUGGUGUCGUCGGAAACGUAGACUACGGGCCCUUAAAUACGCCGGAAGUGCAGCACAAAGCGGCCGCUACUAUACAACGAGAGGCCGGUAUCCCGACGGCAGCCGUCGGCAAAAUAGUGCAUCCCUUUCAGGCGGAAAAGCUGUUGCAGGAUAACAGUGCGACCCUUAUAUUCAUCGGUAGGGCGUUA